AUGCCAAGAAUAUUGUUAUUGCUAUCCUGCAUCUUGUUUUUGAGUUAAUCGAGUUUCGUCGAUGAUAUUGAAUAUCUGACAGAAAUCAACAAUAAUGUUGUUAUUGGAAUAUUCACUCAACCCUCAGAUCCAGACUAUGUUGAUUACCCCUCUAGUUAAUAUUCUUAUUUGGCUGCAUCUUAUGUUAAAUUUGUCGAAAUGGCUGGAGCAAGAGUUGUACCCAUUCCGUAUGAGGCUGACAACACCAUUUUAGAGAAAUACUUUUUAGGCAUUAAUGGUAUCAUCAUCCCAGGAGGUGCAUCUGACCUUGAUACUCCAACUGGUCCAUCCAAAUUUGCUAAGGCUGUUGCUUAUAUGGUUAAUAGAGCACUCCAAGUGAAUGAAGCUGGUGAAGUAUUUCCUGUCUUUGGAAUAUGCAUGGGAUUCCAAACAUUGCACUACAUUAUCUCUGGAUACAAAACUCCCUUCCUUUAUAGAGUUUAUGGGGAGAACGGUAUCAGCCACUCAUUAGAAAAUGGAGAUAGAAAUUUUGCAUUAUAUAAAGAUUUCGAUGACGACACAUAUUAGGCAAUAUAGACAAACCAAUAUUUAUAUUACAGUCACAAUUGGGGGGUGAGUCCAGACUUGUAUAAAAAGUAUCCCUCAUUAGAUGCAUUCUUCAAAAUCACUGGAACCAAUUAGGAUAAUAAGGGUUAAACUUUUGUUGCCUCCAUGCAAGGAAAACAACAUCCUGUGUUCGGUGUUUAAUAUCAUCCAGAGAAGAAUAUCUUCGAAUGGAAAAUUUCAGCUCCUCAUAGUUAUUUGGCUGUCAAGGUAUCAGCCAAUCACAUUGAUGCCUUUGUCAAUUAUGCCAGGUUGAACAGCCAUUAAUUUAAUGCUGAAUAAUUGAAUAAGGCUGUGAUCUACAAUUUCAAGACUGUGCAAGAGAAGAAUGCUUCAUUCGUCUAAGUAUACUUUUUUAAAAAUGGGGAGUUGAGUUUAUGA